GCAGUGCAUGGACUUCCGGUGCAGAACGAAUUCGUCAAGAUCAUGGACGGAAGUGGGGUCCACUUCCUUCCCAAGUCCCACCCCUAGCGCAGACGGGACUACAUUUCCCAGAAAGCCUUGCGCGGGGGCGGAGGCGGCCGGGAUGCGAUGGCGGAGUCGCUGCCCCUGGAGAUGCUUACGUAUAUUCUGAGCUUCCUGCCUCUGUCAGAUCAGAAAGAGGCCUCCCUGGUGAGUCGGACUUGGUACUGUGCAGCUCAGAAUGCGCUUCGGGAGAUAAAUGUGCGGUACAACAUCCCUGUGUCCUCUGCCUCCCUCUCGGCCAUCAAGAGCCUGGGCCUCAGGGGCAUCUCCUGCAUUGGCCUCAUCAACCUGGAUGGUUCACCAGCUUCACACCAGGUGCUGCAGUCUGUUGCCCACUAUCUAGGCCCACACCUGCAGAGCUUGUGCCUGGGCGGAGGCAGCCCCACAGAGGCCUCCUUUGUGGCCCUGAUCCUGGGCUGCCCAGCCCUGCGGAUCCUUGACCUCAGUGGCUGCAACAGCCUCUUCACGUCGGGCACACUACUGGCUCAUCCUGAGACAGCACAGAGUGUCCAAAAGGCUCUGAGUGGCCUCCGUGAGCUCAACCUGGCUGGCCUGCGGGACCUGUCCGACCCCAGCUUCAACCAGCUCAGCAGCUGUGCCCCCAGCUUGGAGCGUCUCUCCUUGGCAUACUGCCACCUCAGCUUUGAGCCAGGCCUGGCCCGGGGCUUCACUGGCUCCCAGGACUACCACCCUGCCAAACUCUCUUUCUGCAACCUGCUACGAUUUGUGAAGGAGCGGGCUGGCAGGCUGCAUGCCCUGGACCUGGGAGGCACUGGCUUGCCACCUGAGGCCCUGAAAGCCCUGGGCCAAGUGGCCGGGUUGCAGCUGCAGGAACUGAGCCUGCACAGCUGUAGAGACCUCUCCACAGAGGCAGUGACCACCUUGUGCCGCCAGCAACCAGGCCUUACCUCCCUGGACCUCAGUGGCUGUUCAGAACUGACUGACGGGGCGCUCUUGGCUGUGAGCCGAGGCCUGCGGCACCUGCGAUGCCUGUGCGUGGGGAAGCUGCAACGCCUGACAGACGCAGGAUGUACAGCUCUGGGGGGCCUACGGCAGUUGCAGAGCCUGGACAUGGCUGAGUGCUGUCUGGUGAGCGGGCGGGAGUUGGCCCGGGCCCUGGGCCCUCUGCAUGGAGUACCACUCCCCCUGGCCUCCCUCAGGCUGGCCUACUGCUCUUCACUGAAGGAUGCCUCCGUGUUCUCCAUGAUCCCAGUGCUGGGCCAGAGCCUCAGGGUACUUGACUUGUCCUCCUGCGUGGCCCUCACCAACCAGACCCUGCAGGCCAUCUGCACCUACCUAACCCAUCUCUCAGUCUUGCGCCUGGCUUGGUGCAAGGAACUCUGCGACUGGGGGCUUUUGGGGCUCAGAGAACCAAGUGAGGAGCCCACGCACAUGCCCCAGCCACGUCCCGAGCUGGAGCAUCAGGACUCAGGCCCCAAGGAAUCCUCUCUGCAGCCACGGGGCCCCUCCCUGCUCGUGCUGCAGGCCCUGCAGGAGUUGGACCUCACAGCCUGCAGCAAGCUGACCGAUGCCAGUUUGGCCAAGGUGCUCCAGUUCCCCCAGCUGAGGCAACUCUCCCUGAGCCUGCUGCCAGCACUCACAGACCUGGGCCUGGUAGCUGUGGCCAGGGGCUGCCCCAGCCUAGAGCGCCUAGCACUGAGUCACUGUGGCCGCCUCAGUGAUGAGGGCUGGGCCCAGGCAGCCGGGUCCUGGCCAAGGCUGCAGCACCUCAACCUGUCCAGCUGCAGUCAGCUCACAGAGCAAACACUGGAUACCAUUGGGCAGGAGUGCAAGCAGCUUCGGGUGUUGGAUGUGGCCAUGUGCCCCAGUAUCAACGUGGCCGCUGUCAGGCGCUUCCGAGACCGACUGCCAGAGGUGACCUGCGUCCAGUCCCGCUUUGUAGGAGGGGCAGACCUGACCCUAACACUCUGAGGUCAGGUCAAUAACCAGCCGUGGCUCAGCCUCCUUUACCCUACUGUCCCCAUCCCUGGCUUCUUGACCUAGUACCUCUUGCCUCCUGCUGCUGCUGCAGACCGUUUGACCAGGACCAGGGGUAGGACAAAUCCAGGGCCUCCCUGGGAACUUCCUGCUCUAGGCUGCCCACAGCACAGAAGCAUCUUCCUUCUAGCUGCGUCUCACAGCCUCAGGUCCCUGGAAGGGCCAGCUAUGUUGCUGCCACAGGCCUCUGCACUCCUAGCCCUGUUUGCCUCGUUUGGGAGCCCAGGCCCCCGGUGGGCUGAGUCUGGUAACGGGGAGGAGCACAGCCAUGCCUCUCGCCUGCCCAAUUGUCAGACCUCAGGCCUGUGCACUGCCCUGUUCCUGUAGGCAUUUUCCCAGCCCCUCAUAAGCAAUGAACUUUAGCAGUCACGCUUUGGUCUUUUGUAAAACCAGGCAAGAUUAAAAAUUCCAGACCUUACUUCCUUGUCUGAAGUUCUCAGACUAAAGGGCUCUUGCCCUCUGCACGUCAGUUGGAAGUGGCCCAGCCCAGGAUGAGGGAUCACAUCAAGAGGGCCCACAGACAAGUUCUUCCUCACAGCGGGCCCAGAGCCCCACAGGCUGCCCCCUGACCUGACUCUCAGCCAGGUCUUAGCUUCUCCACAUGGCAGGGGACAUGGAAGGCCUCCCCCAGCACAAGUCCCGGACAGGCCCAGGAGUGACGGCUUGAUGCCUGAGUCAUGGAGGCUCCCUUGACUGGUGCCUCUAGGCUGCAAGCCAUCCCUCUCUGUGAGCAACCCCCAGAAUACCUGCCCCUCAACUGUGGCCAUCCAGAUUUGCUAAAUCUGAAGGCAGAAGGGAAGACUGUCACUGUCAUAGGCGUGGCCCACAAGGUUCAGAGCCGGCUCAGCGCACACCCAGGAGCCAAGCAGACUUUAUUUCUGCUGCAGUUUCUGCUGGUCAGCGUGCCUGCAUUUCUCUCCCCUCCACCCUUCAUGGCUGCCAUGGUGGUGGCAGCUGGGGCCCUUGCCCAACCUCACUGUCAAGGUUCAGUGACGCUGCAGUCAUAGCAGAAGUUGAAGUUGGUGGGGGGCGGGGGUAUGGGGGGUGGCUGCUCCGGGAUAGGCACGUUCUCUAGCUCCAACAACCGUAGCUUGGUCUCCAUGGUCAGUAGCUGCUCCAGGUCCAGCCGUGUCUGCUCACUGCCCAUGGGGCUGCCCAGAAGGGCACUCAGCCCGUCUAUCCAGAGGUGGAACUGGGGACCGAGCCAGCUCUGUGAGGGCCUGUCCACCUGUCCCCCCCCCCCCCCCCCCGCCCAUCUGCCCAACUCAGCCUGGUCCAGACACUCACCUCCCGUUUGGAGGGGGCAAUGAAGUUGAGGUAGGCCUCCUCCUCCCCACGGUCAUAGCUGACUGAGAAAGCCAGCUCACAGAGGUCCUGGGGAAGCAAGGCAGUGGGCACUGAGCAGGGCAGGAGGCAGGCAGGGCCAGGUGGGAAGCAGCCCGGCCCCACCGCGCUCACCUUGUUCUGCUUCCCCGAGCCCUUCUCCCGGACAUGGGGGCAGUCCCUGCCCGUCAGGAGUCCCCUGAUGUCAGCCACAGGGACUGCGGGAAGAAGACAGGCUGAUCACUGUGGCUGCACACGCCCCUGGGGACAUGGGGCAGUCUGGGAAAGCAGCUGUCGGACCCCUGCCCCAUCUUCCUUACGCUGCUCAGGCAGGCUCUCUGGGGGGGGUGGGCUGGUGCCCUCUUCCACGUCCCCAUACUGCAGCACCUUGUGAUUGGGGGAGAGGCAGCAGAACCACAGCUUGUCUGGAGAAAGGGGGGAGUGAGAGACGAAUGAGAGGGGGCCUGACCCCCACUCAGCACCCCUCCCCCUCCUCUGCCCAGUCAGAGACCCUGGCGCCGCCGGCUGCUGAUCUUGCGGAAAAGCGUCCCCUCGCAGAGGCGGAGCAAACGCUGCUGGCGGAUCAGGCCCAUGAGCUCUGGCUUCAGCUUCUCCCGUAGCUCCCUGGGGUGGAAUGGGUGUCACUGACCAGAGUGACCUGGGGCAAGCAGAGGAGGUGGGUGCUGGGACGAGGGACCCGUCCCCACCGACUCACAGUAUGGGAGGAGCCAGAGUGCCCUCCUGAUGUAGCCGCUCCGUCUGCCGCAGCCGCAGCACCUCCCCGUAGGUGAGUGCGUUCACCUUAGUUCGGAAGAGCUCCAGGGAGGUGGGUUUCAGGGCCAGUGUGCGGGCUAGCUGCUCCCGCACCACCUGCAUGACCUAGGGCCACCCCAAGUUCAGCUCAGGGCCUGAGCUCUGUGCCCCCACCCCGAACAGCCCCAACCCUGGCCUCUCAGCUUGCCCCCCAGUCACCUUGUCAAAGUCUUCCUGUGUAGCCCGCAUCUCCUUCCAGGUCUUAUUCAGCAGCUGGAUGGCCACGCAGAAAAGCUCAUGGAAGCUCUGGUCCUGGCCGAAGAACAUGGGCGAGAAGUCCUGGGCUGUCUCAGAACCUGGAGCGGGGGGGCAGGAGGGGCUCAGGGAGAAAAGUGUGCAGCCCCUGGCCCUCUCUGCCCUUCCGUCCCUGUUUCCAGACUCACUGUGCCCAGUCCCACUCACAAGGCUCCCCAACACGGAGCAGCUCGCACAGUAGCACUGUCAGCUGGAUGCUGCUCCGGGCGAAGGGGCACUCGUGUCUGUCCUCACGGCUGCUGUUCUCCAACACGAACUGCAGUGGCGGGAGCAGAGAACGGAGUAAAGUCAAGGCUGACCCCAAGGGGACCCUACCUAGGUGUGCAUGCUGCCAUCGGCGCCCUGCCCUCUCACUGACCCGGCUGUAGGCACUGGGUGCGUGUCUAGAGAAGUAGACCAUGUUAUCCAGGGCUAGGAGGCCAGGAGGCACACGCUCCAGAUCUUGUGCUGGGUUGCUGUUCUGUGGGAGGGGACAGAGGCAGCUCAGGAGGGCCCCCACUCUCUGGAACCACAGCCCUGGCUGGGGAGGGUCACUCACGGUGAAGCCCAACUUGCGGAACUCCCGGGCACAGAGGGAACGACGACGGUCGGCACUCAGGGACUCCCCCUCUGGCUCAAAGGCCGCCUGGCGCAGGGCCUGCAGCUGUUCCCGCUGCUCCUGGGGUCAUCGUUGGAGGAAGGGUCAAGAUCACAGAUUUAAGGCCAAGCUGCAAGCAGCCUCAAGCCUUGUACCUCGCUGAACACACACACCUGGCUGUAGGGGUCGAGUGGCGUGCGCAUGCGCGGCUCCAGCAGCCCCAGCGUGAGGGCCUGCAGCACGUACAAGUGAUGAGCCAUCUCGUCACCUAGUGGCACUGCACUGUGGAUGAUGUUCUGGAGAACAGCCAGGCCGGGAGACCCGUCACGACUGAUGACCUCUUGGGCAAAGGUCAUGUCUGAGGCCAGCAAGACGAGGUGCCUCAGUGCUUCCCGGCGCCCUUCACGACUCCCACUCUGCAGCCCACCCAAGAGCCGCUCAGCCUCAAGGUCCUGGCAGGGGCAGGAGCAGAACAGAGGACGUACGCAGGAAGCAGAAAACGAAACGGGAGAAGACCAAGGAGAGGCUUCAGAGUUCCAGGGCCACCACUCACUGCAACCACAUUCCCAGGAAGCGGUCACUGAGCUUGGCUGUGCCAGACUCCAUGGCCAGGAUGACCACAGUCCUGGUUCCCAGACCCAAGGAGAAUCAGGCACUGGCAGUCACCCCAGAAAAGGGAGGCCACGAGGACCAGCACCUGCAGCCCCGAGCACGGCCCAGUGGCCCCCGGCUGAAUGAAUGAAACAGCGAGAAGGCACACGGAUGGCAGCCGGCACUCGCAGGACUCAGGGAGGCCGCCCCGGGGGUUCCCGCUACCGACUCCGGCCUGGUCCACCAUCCCCCCUGUCGCCCUGGAGCCCGGGCCACACCAGCUUGAGGUCAAGCACGCCGUCCUUGGCCUCCUGCAGAAGUGACACGAACUUGGUGGUAAGAAGCCCCAGGCUCUUCUCAUGCCGGCUUGGGGUGCCCGGGGGCGGCGGCGCCUGCGGCCCGGCCUCCGCCAUCGCGCCCGCCCGCCGCCUCCCCUCAGCCAGGCCAGGCCAGGCCGGCG